AUGGAGGUGACGGGCGUGAGGCGGUCCGCACCCUCCGAGAAGAAGGACCAGCACGGCGUGCAUAUGGUGUACGGUGACGCCGAGCGGGACCGCGUGAUCCGUGAGUCCGACUUCUUGGUCAAUACCCUCCCAGGGACGGAGGAGACAAAGCUGUUCUUCAACAAGCAGCGCUUUGCCAUGAUGAAGCCGAGUGCAGUGUACAUCAACAUUGGCCGCGGCAUCACGACGAGCGGGGAGGAUCUCGCGCGUGCGCUUCGCGACGGCGUCAUCCGCGGUGCUGCCGUGGACGUCUUCGAGCAGGAGCCACUUUCCACCGACUCCUCGCUGUGGGACAUCAGUGAUGACAAGAUUCUUUUGACGGCCCACUCGGCGGACAGGAGCGUUGAUCUGAUUCCCUCCUCGGUGCGCCGUUUCAUCGGCCUGGUGGAGGAGUACAUCAAGACGAAGCAGCUCAAUGCCUACCUCGUGGACCCUGUGCGCGGGUACUAG